AUGCGUUUCAACGUCUUGCGGGCAUCUCUCGUGGUGCCUCUCGUUGGCCUCUUCGGCGCAGCGCUCGGCAUCGGGACUCUGACGGACGACGACUUGCGAAACCUGCCAUCUCCGGGCAACGAUUUCGACGUUCAUAACGGGAGGCUCCUGGCUCCCAUUCUCAUACCACGAGUGCCGGGCACCGAAGGGCAAGUCAAGACACAGCGACACUUUGUCGACUUCUUCAAGAGCAGCCUGCCAGAAUGGGAAAUGCUCUGGCAGAACUCGACCUCCAAGACGCCGGCGACCGGCAAGAACGACAUUCCCUUUUCGAAUCUGAUUUUUCGUCGCGAUCCGCCCGGUUCGCGCGAGGGCGAGGUCGGCAGGCUGACGCUGGUGGCGCAUUACGAUAGCAAGAUGGAGCCCAAGGAUUUCAUUGGGGCGACGGACAGCGCAGCGCCGUGCGCGAUGCUGAUGCACAUUGCGAGGAGCAUUGAGGGGGCGCUCAAGUCGAAAUGGAGCAGUGCGGCGGGGGUGAAUGAUGGGCUGGACGACGACUUCGAGACGGAUGUCGGGGUGCAGAUUAUCUUGCUAGAUGGGGAGGAGGCCUUUGUGCGCUGGACGCAGACGGACUCUUUGUAUGGCGCAAGAUCACUGGCCCAGGCUUGGGAAUCCGAGUUCCAUCCUACCAUGUCUACUUACAGGACCCCUCUACACGCCAUCAGCCUCUUCGUCCUUUUGGAUCUCCUUGGGUCGCCCAAUCCCCGUAUACCCUCUUACUUUCCAACCACCCACUGGGCGUAUAAGAACAUGGCAUCGCUAGAGAAGCGCAUGCGUGAUCUAGGUCUUCUCGAGUCCAAGCCCGCCCAUCCCUUUCUUCCAGAUGGAAACAAAAAGUCCAGCGAGUUCGGCUAUGGAGGCAUUGAAGAUGACCACAUCCCAUUUCUGAGACGAGGCGUUGAUAUUCUUCACUUGAUUCCCACGCCGUUCCCCGACGUGUGGCAUACGAUGCAGGAUGACGGCGAGCAUCUUGAUAUGCCGAGCGUCAAUGACUGGACGAAGCUUGUCCUGGCAUUCACGGCUGAGUGGUUGGACUUGUCUGGGCAUUUCUCAAAGGACCCGCCAAAGAGCAAGACGAGUGGAACGACGAUUGAACCGAGUAAAAGGACUGAGUUAUGA